AUGAAAUUAAACCGCUUAGCCCAGUACCACCUGGAGCACAACCUGAAGGAGAAGUUCAUCGCUCACACUAUCGAUCAGUCCCGUGCCGAAAUGACCACCCAUUCCUCCAAGCAGCCUCAGGGUGCCAAAAACACACCAGCCACCAUGACAGGUUUGUCGGUGACUCUGGAGCAGUGGGAGAAUAUUUCCAACAUCCUCAUGGUCAAGGCAGAGCAGCAGAAGACUAACUUGUUGUCCCUCCACGCCCUGGUGGACUCACUUCUGGUUCAAACAGUGGCUGACAAGCAGAUGCAGCUCCAAACCACAACCAUGGCCUUCCAGCUGAACAUCCAGGACCUCCGAUCAGCCAAAAUCCAGAUGGAGGACCAGCUGACAAAGGGCGAGAGCUGAUUUAGUGGUUAAGGUCGUCUCCCAGAAGAAAAUCCAGGAGGAUGUUCACAUCUUGCCAAAGCCCGGCUGGAUCUUCGCCGCCAGCGGCCGGGCAAAGAGCAAUGUUUCGACCUGACACAGGCCCAGCUCCUCUCUGAGGUCCAGCAGCUUUUUGUUAACAGCAACAAGCUCCAUGAGGCCAUGGCCCGCUUAGAGGACCAGCACAAAGCCAUGAUUCCCUGCCAGCUGGAGCUGCAGGAAAGCAUCGAGCACAAGGCAAACUCUAUGUACAUUGACGAGGUCGUCUGUGCCCAGUACAGGAAGUCUAUGACCAUGCACAACUUUUAA